AUGUUUGCUUUAGAACGAAGGCUAGUGAAGGAUCCGCAGCUCCGAGUAGCUGUCCAUGAGCAGAUCAAAGCGUACCUACAGAAAGGGUAUGCGCAUAAGGCAACGGAAGAAGAGCUACACAACGCAGACCGUUCCAAAGUAUGGUUCCUUCCAUUAGGUGUAGUCCAUAAUCCCAAGAAGAAGAAAUCGCGCUUAAUCUGGGAUGCUGCGGCGUGCGUAAAUGGCGUUUCCCUCAACUCCCGACUUCUAAAAGGGCCCGACCUACUCACGUCCCUUCCGGCAGUUAUCUGCAAAUUCCGUGAACGAUCGGUAGCAAUUGGUGGUGACAUUCGAGAAAUGUACCACCAGAUGCGCAUGAGAGAAGCUGACAAGCUGGCACAGUGGUUCUUAUUUCGUUUCGAACCAACGGAACCUCCUGAGGUGUAUGUGAUGGACGUGGCCACUUUCGGUGCAACAUGCUCCCCGUGCUCCGCGCAACACGUCAAAAACCAUAACGCCCAAGAGCAUUCUAUACAGUUUCCUGGCGCCGCAGAAGCAAUCGUUAACCGGACAUAUGUCGACGACUACUUUGACAGUCUGGACACCGAGGAAGAAGCUCUUCGAAGGGCCAAGGAGGUGCGGUUCGUCAACGCAAAAGCAGGGUUUGAGGUCAGAAACUGGUCGUCGAAUUCGCCACCUGUUCUUCGAGGUCUGGGAGAAGAUGAAUCCACCGAAUCAGUACACUUCCAUCUAGACAAAAACUCCGAAACCGAACGAGUGCUGGGUAUUAGCUGGAACCCUCAUCAAGAUGUCAUGUCAUUCGACGUCCUAUCGAGAACGGAAGAAUCGCUGGAUCCCUCCAAAAAACCUACAAAGAGAAUCGUCCUGAGCUCGGUAAUGACGCUCUUCGAUCCGCUGGGUCUGUUGGCUCCAUUUACGACGCUGGGUAAAAUGCUGAUACAGGAUCUCUGGCGAUCCGGCUGUGGCUGGGAUGCAGAAAUCAACGAAGAUUCGCAUAAAAAAUGGCUAUCGUGGAUUAGUGCGUUGCCUGAGAUAGCAGACCUGAAGAUACCACGCAGCUACUUUGGUGAUGUACAUUCCAAGGACUUCGGAUCGGUGCAAUUGCACAUUUUUACUGACGCAGGAGAAAACGCUUAUGGAUGUGCUGGAUUUCUGCGUAUCGAACUAGAGGGAGCGGUAAAGUGUUCACUCGUCAUGGCGCGCUCAAAAGUGGCGCCCUUGAAGCAACUUACUAUACCCCGCCUGGAGCUACAAGCGGCUGUACUGGGUGCGCGGUUGGCGCAUACGAUCAAACAAAGUCACUCACUUCAAAUUCAGCAAACAUUCUUCUGGACAGACUCCCAUACUGUCCUAUCCUGGAUAACCUCUGACCAGAAGCGCUACAAACAAUUCGUCAGCUUCAGGAUCGGAGAGAUAUUAAGUCUUACGAAGCUGUCGGAAUGGAGAUGGGUGCCUUCGAAGAUGAAUGUCGCGGAUUGUCUGACGAAAUGGAGGGGCAAUUCCGGACUGUCUCCCGAAUGGUUCCAAGGUACAAGUUUUCUUUACGAGAAUCCCGACAGCUGGCCGCAACAACGAUUUCCUCCUGUAAACACCAAGACCGAACUACGAGCUAUGCACCUAUUCCACGAGGUGGUGUUCCCAGACAAGCUGAUUGAUGAGAGCCGAUUUUCCAAGUGGGUUAUUCUGGUAAGAUCGGUGGCUAGCGGACUACGCUUUAUUUCGAACUGCCGACGGAGGAUGAGGGGAGAGCCCAUUGAAACCCUCAAGCCGACGAAAAAUCUGCAGAAAAUGAUAAUCGCGACUGUUCCAUCAAUGAGAGUUCCACUGAAGCAGGAAGAAUACCGACUUGCUGAGACCAUUCUGUUCAGGUCUGCGCAGAACGAUGCUUACGGAAUCAAGAUCCUCAAGAAGAAUCAAAAGCUGGAGACAUCGCAGUGGAUACCUCUCGAAAAGAGCAGCCCACUUUAUAAGCUGACGCCUCUGCUAGAUGAAGAACAGCUGUUACGGAUGGAAGGAAGAUGUGAAAAGAGCGUUCUACUACCGUUCGACAUGCGCUUUCCAAUCAUCCUACCCCGGGACAGUGCAGUAACUGAUUUACUGGUGCGGCACUAUCACGAAUCGUUCGGGCAUGCAUUUAGAGACACGGUGAAGAACGAGCUUAAACAACGGUUCUUCAUCUUCAGUCUGAGCUCGGUGGUAGCGAAGGCCGAACGAAGCUGCAUUUGGUGCAAGGUGCACAAAAACCGCCCUAAGUUCCCUAGAAUGGCGUCUCUACCAGUACAACGAUUAACCCCACAUCAACGACCCUUCACCUUCGUUGGUAUCGACUACCUUGGACCGGUAGAGGUGACAGUGGGGCGCCGCAAGGAAAAGAGGUGGAUCGUUUUAUUCACCUGCUUGGUAGUACGAGCGGUACACCUUGAGGUGGCUCACAACCUCACCACCCAAUCCUGUGUCAUGGCCAUCCGACGGUUCAUCAGCCUCUGGGGCCCAGCCGCCGAAUAUUUUUCGGAUAAUGGAACGAACCUGAAAGCUGCGAGUAAGGAGUUUCUUCAGCAAAUCCUGGAGAUAGGAUACGAGUGCACCGGUCAAUUUACCAGUGCUAGAACGAAGUGGCACUUCAAUCCCCCAGUCGCCCCCCAUAUGGGGGGCAUCUGGGAACGCAUGGUCAGAACUGUAAAAGGGGUCAUGGAGACCCUGGACGAUGGGCGUAAAUUAACCGACGAGAUCCUCCUGACCACCAUAGCUGAAACCGGAGACAUAAUCAACAGUCGUCCACUAGUCUACGCUGCGCCGAGCUCACCACAGGAAACGCUUACCCCAAAUCACUUCCUUCGGGGAAUAGCCGCUAACGAGCCACAAGAAGUUCUGCCCCCCACGAAUCCCGCGCUGGCACUUCGAGACGCAUAUCAACGCUCAGUGGAGCUUACUAAUAAUUUAUGGAAACGCUGGCUAAAGGAAUACGUUCCUUCCCUCAAUCAGCGCCGUAAAUGGUUCGAGGAAUCUACACCGCUGAAGAAAGGAGACUUAGUUUACGUUGUUGAUGGAAACCGACGCAAGGCUUGGGUCAGAGGCGUCGUUGAAGAUCCGAUCGUGUCGAGCGAUGGGAGAGUUCGGCAAGCACUUAUCAGGACCAACCACGGGGUUGUUCGACGGGCGACCGCUAACUUGGCGGUACUGGAGAUAAAUGGUGGUAACGCUGCCCCGAAUGCUAGUUCCGAGGCAGGAUUACGAGCCGGGGUUGUGUUCGGAAGAUCGGGACUACCCUGUACCGCCGAGUUUACAGACGAUCCAUUGGUAAAAACGACGGUUGCUGUCGGAAGUGACGAACGUUUAAGUUCGAGUUCAGUGGAGAAAUUGUAA